AUGUCCUUUCGCGCAAUACCAAGAGGCCUCGCCGCGUCAACCCGAACCUGCACCCGACCCAUCAUAGCCUAUUCCUCCUCCUCCUCCUCCUCCUCCUCCUCCUCCUCGAUCAGAUGCCUUAAUGCUGGCCGCACCCAGAGUGCCAAUGGCCUCUCAUCCAGGAGCCAACAGAGCCGCUCAAUGGCUACGGCUGAACAUGCCAUUGCCAAUCCGACACUAGCCGGCAUCGAGAAGCGGUGGGAGUCUAUGCCGCCGCAGGAGCAGGCGGAGUUGUGGAUGCAGUUGAGAGAUCGGAUGAAGGUCGAUUGGCACGAGAUGACGAUGCAAGAAAAGAAGGCGGCUUACUACAUCGCCUUCGGUCCCCAUGGCCCCCGUGCCGAAACCCCUAAGGGCGAGGGCGUGAAAGUCUUCGUGCAAGUAAUGAAAUACGUCGCCAUCUCAUUCGUCGUGUUCUAUACUAUCCGCAUGUUCGCGAACCCACCACCCAAGACAUUGACCAAGGAAUGGCAGGAGGCCACCAUCGAAUACGCCAAGGUGCGUCAUACUAAACCCCCCCCCCCACCACCACCACCCAAUAAAAAUAAAAAGAGAAAAUAA